AUGAACGGCACACGAAGGUCGGCCGCGGCCAAGAGAAAGGCUGCGGCCUCGCCUGACCAGCCGCCGCCAGCCAAGAGGGCGAUUAACGGCAAGUUUUCCGCCGACGACAACACUCCCGAUGUCGAAAUCGCAGACUACGACGACGAGUCGGUCCUCAGCGACGACAUGCAUCUCCACGCGCCACCCAUGUACAUUGGCACGCCCGGCAGCUUGGGCGAGUGGCAGGAUACCAUCCAAAAGGUGGUUCGCAACGUCGUCGCCAUCCGCUUCUGCCAGACGUGCUCCUUCGAUACCGAUUCUGCCUUGACGAGCGAGGCGACAGGCUUCGUCGUCGACUCAGAGCGAGGAUACAUUAUGACGAACCGCCACGUCGUCGGUUCUGGUCCGUUUUGGGGCCACUGCGUCUUCGACAACCACGAGGAAGUCGACUGUUACCCGGUAUAUCGCGACCCUGUCCACGACUUUGGCAUCCUUCGCUACGACCCCAAGGCCAUCAAGUAUAUGCACGUCGAUGGUCUCGACUUGAGCCCCGACCAGGCCAAAGUGGGCGUCGAGAUUCGAGUGGUCGGCAACGAUGCCGGUGAGAAACUUAGUAUCCUCUCUGGUGUCAUCAGCCGACUAGACCGAAAUGCUCCUGAAUACGGCGAGGGCUACAGCGACUUCAACACGUGUUACUAUCAGGCCAAUGCCGCUGCCAGCGGCGGUAGCUCCGGCAGUCCCGUCGUCAGCAAGGAUGGUUCUGCCGUCGCGCUGCAGGCCGGCGGCCGUUCCGACGGCGCGUCUACCGACUACUUUCUUCCCCUGGACCGGCCCCUUCGUGCCCUUCAGUGCAUCCAGCAGGGCAAGCCCGUCACCCGUGGCGACAUCCAGUGCCAGUUUCUUCUGAAGCCUUUCGACGAGUGUCGCAGGUUAGGAUUGAGUCCGCAAUGGGAGGCAGCAAUGCGGGAAGCGUUUCCUGACGAGACAAACAUGCUAGUGGCCGAGAUUGUACUACCCGACGGGCCUUCGCAUAACAAGAUUGAGGAAGGCGAUGUCCUGGUCAAGGUGAACGGAGAGCUCAUCACACAGUUUAUUCGCCUCGAUGACAUCCUCGACUCCAAUGUCGGCAAGCCCAUCAAGGUGCAGCUGCAGCGAGGCGGCCAAGACGUCGAAGUCGAGAUCGAGGUCGGCGACCUUCACCAAAUCACCCCUGACCGCUUCGUCACCGUUGCCGGCGCCAGUUUCCACGACCUCUCGUAUCAGCAGGCCCGGCUAUAUGCCGUGGCCGUCAAGGGCGUCUACGUGUGCGAGUCGGCGGGCUCCUUCCGGUUCGACAACACAGACAACGGCUGGAUCGUUCAGACAGUCGACCACAAGAAGGUGCCGGACCUGGCCACCUUUAUCAACGUCAUGAAGGACAUUCCAGACAAGGCGAGGAUUGUGGUCACGUACAAGCAUCUGCGCGACCUGCACACGCUAAACACGACCGUCAUCUACGUGGACCGACACUGGUCUUCCAAGAUGAAGAUGGCCAUCCGUAACGACGAGACGGGACUGUGGGACUUCAAGGACCUCGGCGACCCUCUUCCUCCCGUGCCUCCCGUGCGGCGAUCCGCCUCCUUCAUCGAAUUGGAUCACAUGCCGCACCCGGGCAUCGCGGACCUGAUCAAGAGCUUCGUCCAUGUCAACUGCACCAUGCCCGUCAAGCUUGACGGGUUUCCUAAGAAUCGCAGGUGGGGAAUGGGCCUGGUGAUUGAUGCCGACAAGGGCCUCGUUCUCAUCUCGCGCGCCGUCGUCCCGUACGACCUGUGCGACAUCACGGUGACGAUUGCCGACUCCAUCAUCGUCGAGGGCAAAGUCAUCUUCCUGCACCCGCUCCAGAACUACGCCAUCAUCAAGUACGACCCGUCCCUCGUGGACGCGCCGGUCAAGAGCGCGAGGCUCAGCAGCGAGCACCUGACGCAGGGCGCCAAGACGUAUUUUCUCGGAUACAAUAGAAUUGGGCGUGUCGUGCACGGCUCGACCACCGUCACCGAGAUCACGGCCGUGGCCAUCCCGGCCAACUCGGGCGCGCCGCGCUACCGCGCCGUCAAUGUUGACGCCAUUACCAUUGACAGCAACCUCGGAUCGACGUGCAACAGCGGCGUGCUCGUGGCGCCCGACGGCACGGUGCAGGCGCUGUGGCUCAACUACCUGGGUGAGCGGUCGCCCUGCAGCCAGCGCGACGAAGAGUACUACCUCGGCCUGGGCACGCCCACGCUGCUGCCCGUCAUCUCGACGGUGCAGAAGGGGGAGACGCCGCAGCUGCGCAUGCUGUCUGUCGAGCUACGGUCCGUGCAGAUGUCGCAGGCGCGCGUCAUGGGCGUGUCGGACGAGUGGAUCAAGAAGGUGACGCAGGCCAACCGCUCGCACCACCAGCUCUUCAUGGUCAGCAAGAGGACGUUUGAGCGCGGGGAGCACCCCGUGAGCCUCCUCGAGGGCGACAUCGUCCUGAAGCUCAACGGCAAGAUCUGCACGACGAUUUCGGACUUUGACGUCAUGUACACGAGCGACGUGCUGGACGCCGUCAUCGUGCGAGAGUGCGAGGAGAUGGAGCUGCAGCUGCCGACGGUGGCGGCCAAGGACAUGGAGACGGAUCACGCCGUGUCGUUUUGCGGCGCCGUCCUGCACCGCCCGCACCAGGCCGUCCGCCAGCAGAUCAGCAAGCUGCACAGCGAGGUGUACGUGUCGAGCCGCAUCCGCGGAUCGCCGGCGUACCAGUAUGGUGUGGCGCCAACCAACUUCAUCACGCACGUCAACGGGAAGCCGACCCCUGACCUGGAAUCCUUCAUCGCCGCGACGCGGAAGAUUCCCGACAAUACCUACUUCCGCCUCAAGGCAGUGACAUUUGACAGCGUGCCGUGGGUCAUCACGAUGAAGAAGAAUGACCACUACUUCCCGACGAUGGAGUGGAUCAAGGACGACAGCGCGUCGUGCGGAUGGCGACGCGUCACGUACGAGGGCUCCGAGGUGUUCCAGGGCGAGGCGACGGACGGCAUCCCGCCGGUCGGCGAGGAGGCCGAGGAGGAGUAG